GUCUUAUUAACCUUUCCAGCCUUGGACGUAUAUAUAAACAGAGUACUGCCUAUAUCUUUCGCUCUAAUACCAAUUCAGCUCAUACAUUAGACUUCUCAUAUAAUCGAAUAAUCAUACUGUCAAGUCUUCAUACCAUCAAGUCUUUAUACUAUCAACCUUCUCUUCUACCUCUAAGAGCCAAUAUGCCAGAGAAGACAGUCGUGGUCACUGGUUGCAGCAAUGGCGGACUUGGGGCGGCAAUGGCAAAGGCUUAUCAGGCCAGAGGAUUCAGGGUCUUCGCGACCCUACGCAACAGGGUCAAGGUCGGAUCUCUAGCGGACAUAGAGGGCAUAGAAAUUCUCGAACUCGACGUCACAUCAGAAGAAUCCGUUUAUCAAUGUGCGAAAGCCGUUGAGAAGCUUACAGGAGGAUCGCUCGAUAUUCUGGUUAAUAACGCUGGCAUCUCCACCAUCAUGCCUCUGCUCGACACGUCGGUCGACGACGCUAAGAAGAUGUACGACAGCAAUGUUUGGGCAGUACUUUUAAUGACGCAGGCAUUCGCGCCAAUGCUCAUCAAAUCCAGAGGAACUAUCUGCAACAUCAGUUCAGUUUCUUCCGAAUUAGUCUUCGCCUGGCAGGGUAUAUACAGCAGCUCUAAGGCUGCCAUGACGCGGAUUUCUGAGACAUUACGCCUUGAGAUGGAACCUCUCGGUGUGAAGGUCGUCACAGUCAUACUUGGAGGCGUCGAAACAACUGGAAACAACCCCGAUAAUAGAAAGGACCUCGAGCUGCCCGCAAAUUCAUACUAUCAGAAGAUAGCCGCCAUUAUAAAUCGCCAUAAUAAGGCAUUGAUUCACAACAAGAAACAGAAUGUGGAUGUGGCAGCGAAUAAUGUGGUCAAUGACGUUCUUAGUGGCCGCACUGGCUUUGUUCGACGAGGGCAGGCCUCUUCACUCAGUUGGCUCUUCAACACGUUUCUGUCCUACGCACUCACCACAUAUCUAGCAAACGGAGAGUCGGGUCUUGCUGAACUCAGUGGUAGGUAGGUGGUAGAUCUAAUACAGAUGUCUAUACUAGCUUAUAAUGCGCUAUUAGUAGGUUGGUAUGAAAUGAAAUAGGGGC